AAUUUCAAGUUUGAAGUUGUAGUCGGCAUAGUAAACGUGGAGUGCUGAUUCGUGUUAGUUUAAUGUAUUAUCCUAAGUGAGACUCAUACAGAAGAUAGACGCCAAUAAAUACGUUUUAGGAAUAGGAAUCCCACAAUGAAGUAUUUUAUUUUGCUUGCCGUGGGCGUCCUGUUACUUUCAGGAUGGUCGCAUGCACAAGAGGAGGGCGUCGGCGUCGGCACCGCGGAGGAGGUGACGGUGGACGCGGACCUGGGCGCGUCGCGUGAAGGCUCGCGGACUGAUGCAGAGGCAGUGCUUCGAGAAGAAGAGGCGAUAUCGCCGGACGAAUUAAGCGUUGCGCAAAUGCGCGAAAUCAAGGAGCGCGCACAAAACUACACUUUCCAAACUGAAGUGAAUCGCAUGAUGAAGCUAAUCAUCAACUCUCUGUACAGGAACAAAGAGAUAUUCUUGCGAGAGCUGAUCUCCAACGGUUCGGACGCGCUGGACAAGAUCCGCUUGCUGUCACUCACUGACCGCGACGUGCUCAACGCUAACGCCGACCUCAGCAUCCGCAUCAAGGCCGAGCCCGAAAAGCGCCUUCUGCACAUCAUCGACUCCGGCAUCGGCAUGUCCCGCCACGAGCUGGUCAACAACCUCGGGACCAUCGCCAAGUCCGGCACCGCCGAGUUCCUCUCCAAGAUGCAGGACGCGGAGAAGAGUGGCGCUCAAGAGAUGAACGACAUGAUUGGUCAAUUCGGAGUGGGUUUCUAUUCUGCGUUCCUGGUAGCCGAUAAGGUGACGGUGGUGUCCAAAAAUAAUGCAGACAAGCAGCACGUGUGGGAGUCCGACGCGAACGCCUUCAGCGUGGCCGAGGACCCGCGCGGCGACACGCUGCGCCGCGGAACGCACAUCACGCUACACGUGAAGGAGGAGGCGGCGGACUACCUGCAGCCCGACACUAUCCGCAACCUAGUGCAGAAGUAUUCGCAGUUUAUCAACUUCCCCAUCUACCUGUGGGCCUCGCGCACCGAAACCGUGGAGGAGGAGAGCCCCGCCGAAGACUCGCCCGACGCCGACGAAGACGCACAGGUGGAGGACGCCGAGGACAAAGCUGAGACAAAGAAAACCGAAAAGACCGUGUGGGAUUGGGAGCUGAUGAACGACAACAAACCUAUUUGGACUCGUAAGCCAAACGAAGUGAAAGACGACGAGUAUACCUCUUUCUACAAGAGUCUAACCAAGGACAGCUCGCCACCUCUGGCCAAGGCCCACUUCGUGGCGGAGGGCGAGGUCACGUUCCGCGCGCUGCUGUUCGUCCCGCGCGUGCAGCCCGCCGACAGCUUCAACCGCUACGGAACCAAGACCGACCACAUCAAGCUCUACGUACGCCGCGUCUUCAUCACGGACGAGUUCAACGACCUCAUGCCAAACUAUCUCGCAUUCAUACAGGGUAUCGUGGAUAGCGACGACCUACCACUGAACGUCAGCCGAGAAACAUUGCAGCAACACAAGCUUAUCAAAAUUAUCAAAAAGAAGUUGGUGCGCAAGGUGCUCGAUAUGCUCAAGAAGAUUCCUGAUGCUGAGUAUGAUGGUUUUUGGAAGGAAUACUCCACGAACAUCAAGUUGGGCGUGAUCGAAGACCCCAGCAACCGCUCCCGCCUCGCUAAGCUGCUGCGUUUCCACUCAUCUCGCUCUGACCAGAUGACGUUCCUGGCCGACUACGUCGAGCGCAUGAAGCCCAACCAGAACCACAUCUACUACAUCGCAGGCUCCAGCCGCGCAGAGGUGGAGAAGUCGCCGUUCGCGGAGCGGCUAGUGAAGCGCGGCUACGAGGUGUUGUACCUUACUGAGGCCGUGGACGAGUACUGCCUGUCCUCGCUGCCCGAAUACGACGGCAAGAAGUUCCAGAACAUCGCUAAAGAAAUCUUCGACCUGGAUGAGAAUGAACAACAAAAGGAAAGAUUAGAGGCGUACAAGAAGCAGUUCGAGCCGCUGACGACGUGGCUCGGAAACAAGUUGUCGAACUGGGUGACACGCUGUACCGUGUCCAGGCGCCUGCAGCGAUCCCCCGCCGCCCUGGCAGCCACCGCCUUCGGCUGGACCGGCAACAUGGAGCGCCUCGCGCUGUCCAACGCGCACCAGAAGGCCGACGACGCGCAGCGCAAGCACCACCUCACGCAGAAGAAGAUGCUCGAGAUCAACCCGCGCCACCCGCUCAUCCGCGAGCUGCUGCGCCGCGUGCAGGACGAGCCCGACCAGCCCGACACGCUGCGCGCCGCCCACACGCUGUACCGCACGGCCGCCAUCCGCUCCGGCUACAUGCUGCAGGAGGGCCAGGCCGUGGACUUCGCCGAGGCCGUGGAGGCCAUGCUGCAGCAGACGCUGGGCGUGCCCGCCGCCGCGCUGCCCGACGACGACGACGACGACGCCGAGCCCGCCGAGGCCGAGGCCGACGCCGACGCCGACGAGCUGCAGGCCGAGGACCACGACGAGCUGUAGACAUUCCCGCCGCCGGCUGACUGAAUGCUGAGUGACUGUGUCGUGUGUGAGGAUUAUUACACUGAGACUUUUUAUACUUGCUGGCAUGGAACGUGUGAGAUUAUGAAUUGAUAGUUUAAUGUAAAUAAAUUAUAUAUUUAUUAUGUA